ACACGCAGUGAAGCAGGUAGUUAAGUUGUUGAACUCCCUCCGCCAGCUUUCGAUGCACUCGAGGCUUCUCUACUCUAUCACACCAAACACAACACUUCUUUCUAUUUCUCCCAUCAUACACAGUCACAUAAUUUCAAAGCUUUCAACAAUGGCGAAUCUCUUAAACCUCAAACCCACACCAUUCCUUUCGUCACCCUCUUCUCUUCGCCUUACACUACAAUUCCCCCCUCACCUCCUCACCACUCGAUCACCCUCCCAAAUCCAGGCUAAAAUCCGAGAAAUUUUCAUGCCGGCACUUUCAUCAACCAUGACGGAAGGUAAAAUCGUUUCUUGGAUCAAAUCCGAAGGCGAAAAGCUUUCUAAAGGAGAUUCGGUUGUUGUUGUUGAAUCCGAUAAAGCUGAUAUGGAUGUUGAAACAUUUUAUGAUGGUUAUCUUGCGAAAAUCAUUGUUGAAGAAGGUAAUGUUGCUCCGGUAGGAUCCGCGAUUGCUCUUUUAGCUGAAUCCGAAGCUGAAAUUGCGGAUGCCAUUGCGAAAUCGUUGAAAUCAAAACCUUCUGCGUCGAAAUCAGGUUCGGAUCCGAGUUCCGGAGCUCCGGUGGCGGAGAAGAAGGAAAUUGUGGCUUCUCCGGUAGUGAAGGAAGCGAGCCUGAAUGUUUCGACUCAUCCAGCGUCAGAAGGAGGGAAGAGAGUGGUAGCGUCGCCAUAUGCGAAGAAAUUAGGGAAGGAAUUAGGAGUUGAUUUGACAAAUGUGGUCGGGAGUGGACCACAAGGGAGGAUUGUUGCUAAGGAUGUUGAGGCGGCCGCUGCAGCGCAGGCACUGGUUGAGGUGAAGGGGGAGGCUGUUGUUUCGAAGGAUGCCGCGGUUUCUCCGAUGGUGGAGUUAGGUAAAACGGUGCCAUUUUCGACAAUGCAGGGUGCUGUGAGUAGGAAUAUGGUGGAGAGUCUUGGUGUUCCAACUUUUAGGGUUGGGUAUACAAUUACUACUGAUGCUCUUGAUGCUUUGUACAAGAAGGUUAAGUCAAAGGGGGUGACCAUGACGGCAUUGUUAGCUAAAGCAACAGCUUUGGCAUUGGUUAAGCAUCCAGUGGUGAAUUCAAGCUGUAGAGAUGGAAAAAGUUUUACUUAUAAUAGUCAUAUCAAUAUUGCUGUUGCUGUGGCUAUGGAUGGUGGUUUACUUACACCAGUUCUCCAAGAUGCUGAUAAGGUUGACAUUUAUACGCUUUCAAGAAAAUGGAAGGAGUUAGUUGAUAAGGCUCGUUCCAAGCAGUUACAACCUCAAGAAUAUAAUACAGGUACUUUUACUCUAUCUAACCUUGGAAUGUUUGGCGUGGACCGCUUCGAUGCUAUUCUUCCACCUGGAACUGGAGCAAUUAUGGCUGUUGGUGCAUCUCAACCUUCUGUUGUUGCCAGUAAAGAUGGUCGGAUAGGCAUGAAAAACCAGAUGCAGGUUAAUGUUACUGCUGAUCAUCGAGUUAUAUAUGGUGCUGAUCUUGCUGCUUUCUUGCAAACUCUAUCACAAAUUAUUGAAGAUCCUAAAGAUCUGACACUGUAGUUUAUCCCAUUCUGAACCGAGGCAUAACUUCCUAGUGUUAAAAUUUUCAUUCCUCAAAUGAUACUUCCCAAAUUACUGUAAUUUCCGGUAACCAAGUGGAGAAAACUUAGCUGUGAGUGACCGAACACAACUAGAAUUUUCUAAGUACAGGGUCAUUUUUCCAUCAUGUUUUUCUCCACAAGCCGCAUACCUUGAGAAGUUUGGAUUGCUUUGGGUCCAUUGUUUUCAAACCUGUCCCAUGUAUCAAGGUCUUUCGUGUAGUUUUAGCAUUACUUGAGCUAUUCAACAUUGGAACUAUUGAGUAUUGAAUAGAAUCUCUAAUUUAGUUGCUGCCUUACUACAGAAACGUCUUGUCUCCAUCUAUUUUCCCUUUCAGCAAAGUAUGCUGUUACAUAUUGCAAAACGUUCGUGUGAUGCUUAGAACUCGAAAUGCUUUGUUCCGCCU